AUGGCAGUUGCAGAGACCACACAGCAAAAGGACCAACCAACUGAACCUGUGGCAACAAAUACAUCGGUUAUGAUUGAUCCAGUUACUGGGAAGUCGAUCCCAAUGAAAGACGGCAAGCCAUGUCGCGUGUGCACAGAUUUCAAGACAUGGUCAAAGCUUGAAAAGGAGAAAUCCAAAAAGGCACAUGUCUCGGAUUCCAAACCUGCAGAGUCAACAAAUACACUGGACCAAGACAAACGUUCAGCGUCAAUAGCAGCAGUUGGCAAGGAGGCAACCGAAGAGGAGUGGCGUAAAAACAAUUGCCCUGCCGACGUUGAAGCACUGGGUAAUGCCACAUGGACGUUGCUCCAUACGAUGGCAGCUUAUUAUCCUGAUCGACCGGCACCUUCACAAAUGGAUAGUAUGCGUACCUUUAUUAAUUCAUUUGCAGAUAAUUAUCCUUGUUGGUUCUGUAAGGAGGAUUUUAAAAAGUCUAUGGAGAAGGCACCUGUGCAAGUAGGCAGCCGAAAGAAGCUCAGUGAAUGGCUUUGCGACCGACACAACGAAGUUAAUGCCAAGCUUGGUAAAAAGCAGUUUGACUGCUCCAAGGUGUUUGAACGAUGGUUGAACGGACCGCCCGAUGGUCGAUGUGAUUAG